CAGACGCCCGGCGGCCCGAUCCCCAACGCGUCGUGUCUGCAGAGCUCGUGGGUAGGACCCCUAUCCGGCCUCCAUGGACUCCAUGCAGGCCUGCAGCCUCGCCAUGCGGGGCCUGAACGCCCGCCUGCAGGGCCUCCUGCAGCCGGCCCGCCGGAUCGCCGGCCGGUCCGACGGCAGCUCCUCCUCCUCCUCCUCCUCCUCCUGGUCCUCCUGGUCCCGGGACCGGACCCGGCAGGAGGAGACCGUGAAGGAGCUCCGGUUCCAGGUGGGUCACCUGCUGAUGGAGAACGUCCAGCUGGCGCUGCAGUCCGACAGCAUGGCGCGGCGAGCCGCCGCCAUCCGGGCCAGGUGUGAGGCGGAGGAGAGCGUCACGGGCCGGCUGCAGCAGCAGGUGUCUCUGCUGAGGGCGACCCGGAGGAGGGAGGCCCAGAGCGGCCCGAGGCUGCAGGCCGAGCUCCGGCACGCCGCGGCCGAGCUGCACGAGCUGCGCCGCGGGCACCAGGCGGCCCGAGCUCAGCAGCUGCAGCGGGCCGACUCCCGCCAUGCUGUGUUAGCGACGGCCACGGCAGCGCGAGGCGAGGAGGAGAAGAAGGAGGAGGAGAAGAAGAAGGAGGAGGAGGAGGAGAAGAAGGAGGAAGAGGAGAAGAAGGAGGAAGAGGAGGAUGGCAGAGGGAUGGAGCUCUUCCAGCUGCUCGACGGGAUCAGAGCGCAGUGCGACCACGAGAGACGCCGCGGGCCGCAGGGCGCCGCGCCGCAGCCCCCCCAAGGCCCCGCCUCCAGGAGCCCCGCCGCCACGCUCAGUGAGGAAGAUGCAGCGUGGGCGCAGGUGAGGCUCGGCGGCGCCGCCCUGGUGGAGGCCCGGGCCGAGCUGGCCGAGGCGCGGAGGCAGUGGCGCUCGCUGCAGCUGGAGAUCGAGAUCACCGGUAAGACGCCCACGCUGCCUAUGUGACCGAGCGGCAGGGCCUAUGAGCAGGGCCUGGAGCGCUCGCUGCUCAGCAGCCGGCGGCUGUACGGCGGCCGGCUGCAGGGCCUCUCCCAGGUGGUCUCGGGGCUGGAGGCGGAGCUUCAGCAGGUGAGGAGCGGCCUGCUGACGCAGCGGCAGCGCCACGGUCAGCUGCUCGACACCAAGACCCGGCUGGAGGGGGAGAUCGCCACCUACAGGCGGCUGCUGGAGCGCGAGGAGGGCAGGUACCCGGGCCGCAGCGGGCCGCCCGCGGACCUGAGGCCUUGGAGGUCCUCCGUGGGGGAACCGAGGCCGACCGGGCCCCAGGAGGCCUCCAGUGAUGCUGCAGUCAGCCCGGAUGAGCCCGAUGAGCCCGGGUCUAAGCCCCGCCCCCAACGACCUUCAGAGGUCACAGAGGGCGAAGAGCUGGAGAGAAGCAACAAGCAGAGCCUCCUGAUGCUCACAGAACCAGAACCAGACCAGUGGAUCUCCACGGUGAAGACUCAGGAGAUCCUCGGGGGCCGCGUGGUGCAGGAGAGCGCCGAGGGCCACGGCACCAUCGAGACGGAGAAGGUGGACCAGGUGAUCCGGCAGUGGGAGGGCUCGUUCUUCAGAAGGAACCCAAAGCUGCGCAGGAAGUCGGUGUCGCUGCGCUUCGACCUCCACAUGGCGGCGGCGGCCGACGACGACGAGGGGCGUGGCCUCAGCGACGUGGAGCUGCGGCUCGUCAUGAAGAGGUCGCGCAGCAUCGCAGCCAUCGCGCAGUGACCAUGGAAACCACGAACAAACAAUAGAAAAUAGACCACUACAGUCAACAAAAAAAGAAAGAAAAGUGUAAAUAAAAAAGGACAAAAAAAUA